AUGCACCGAUUGCACAACCUGAAGCCUAUGAAGACCAGGAGGGCGGCGUCGUUGACCAAGAUGGUCAGCAUCGUCCAAGAGACGCAGCAGGCGCUGAAAUCAUUCAAGCUCGCCGAUGACCACAAUUGCUAUCUGCUGAAUGGUCUAGUACGCCUUCUGGAUACAGAUACACGCGAGCAUUGGGAGCAAUCACUCGCAUCGCAGAAGGAGUACCCCACGCUGCCACAAAUGACAACGUUCCUGCUCGAACGCGCUGAGUCAUUAGUAAAUCAGCUUAGACUCAGACGACAAGGCUCCUCAUUGGAUGUCCACAGAGUUGGUGGAGCAAGGACCUCGCAGACCAAUGGAGUGGUCAAUAUUACCCUCCAUUCAAACUACAGACCACUCUCAAUCACCGUUCACGCGCACGUGCUUGCGAAGGUGACCACUUGCUUACCAUCGGACCCACCAGCUCGUACAACGCUGCCAUCGCAUCUGGAGAAAUUGAAUCUAGCAGAUCCUCAAUUUCUCGUAUCCAGACCGGUGGACAUCAUUCUCGGAGCCGACGCAUACGGGCAAGUCAUCAAGCCAAACAUUAUUCGGCACGCUUCAACACCGCUGAUCGCUCAACUGUCAAUCUUCGGUUGGCUCAUAAUCGGGCCCCUCGAGGGCUCUCAGACAGUUCGCAGGACUUCUCAUCAGGGAGAGCCACCGCAGCACACGGCACCCUUGCUCACACCAGAUGAGCAAGAGGGCGAAGAUCAUUUCAAGACCAAGCAUUCAAGGGACUCUGCAGGAAGAUACAUCGUGCGAUUGCCGUUCAAACUCCAUCCUCGAACACUCGGCAACUCGUAUCAGACGGCGCACAACUGUCUUCAGCGGAUCGUCAGACGACUCAGCAAGGACGUCCAGUACAAUCAGCUGUACACCAAGUUCAUGCUCGAGUAUGAGCAACUUGGCCAUAUGGUAAGACUGAACAACGACUCAAUAACUAGUCCGUUUCAGUACUUUCUUCCGCAUCAUGGCGUUCUGAAGUUGGGCAGCACGACCACCGCAUUGCGUGUGGUGUUCAACGGCUCCAGUCCAACUUCAUCUGGAUUCUCACUGAAUGAUCUUCUUCACACGGGACCUAAUCUGAUGCUGAACAUCACAGAUCUACUCAUCUGGAUACGCAGAUACAAAUAUCUGUUUGCAACUGACGUCACGAAGAUGUACCGAAAAAUCAAGGUGCAUCCGGAUGAUUGGAGCUUGCAGCAGAUACUCUGGCUUGAUGACAAGCAGAAGGAAACGCAGUACCAGCUGACCACGGUCACGUACGGGACGAAAGCUGCACCUUACUUGGCUGUCCGAACACACCUGCAACUCGCUGAGGAUGAGGGGUCGAAAUACCCCCUCGCUGUUGAGCCCAUCAGAAACGGCAGGUAUGUAGAUGAUAUUUUUGGUGGUGCAGAUACAGCAGAGCAUCUACAAGACGUUGCAAAUCAGCUGACGCAACUCUCUCAAGCUGGUGGAUUUCCAUUGGCAAAAUGGCAUUCCACGAGCAAAUCGUUGCUAGAAGACCUCGCACCAGAACCGAACAACGCAGACACGUUCAACGUCUCGACCAUAUCAGCUACUCAACGCACGCAGUUCACGAAACGCCUCGUCCUCUCAGAAGUAGCACAACUCUUUGAUCCACUCGGUUUUGUUGCACCUAUAAUUAUCAGAGCUAAACUUCUUAUUCAAGAGCUUUGGUUACAGGAACUCAGUUGGGACGACAUCCUGCCGCUUCAUAUCACUCAACAAUGGUUACGCAUCAGGGAAGAUCUAACUAGCUUGGCCAAGCUUUCCAUCCCACGAUGGUUCAACACCACGACCACGUCGACAGUUGAACUUCAUGGCUUCGCUAAUGCAUCAGUCCUCGCAAUGGCAGCUGUCGUCUACCUCGUUGUACACGCACCGUCCACGGGUACCCAAGUUUUGCUUAUCUGCUCGAAAACGCGAGUGACACCAUUCAAACGUCUGACCAUCCCGAGGUUGGAACUCACAGUAGCGCUGCUACUUUCAAAACUGAUGCGGCAUGUUCACGCUACUUUGAACAUGACCGUCACUCAGACAUUUUUGUGGACGGACUCAGAAGUCACGCUUGCAUGGAUCAAGACGCACCCCUCCAAAUGGAAGGAUUACGUUCGCAACAGGGUAAUCCAGAUCCAGGGGAUUACGCAGAACUUUCACUGGAGGCAUGUACCAGGAUCAUCGAAUCCAGCUGACUGCGCGUCAAGAGGCAUGGCGACGGACCAGUUACAGCAGCACUCGCUUUGGUGGACGGGACCACCGUGGAUCACGCAAUCUCAGGACGCGUGGCCCAAGCAGACCAGUGUCGACGCAGACGAUUUGGGCGCCCCUGAAGCUCGUGCUGUCGUCUCACUCCACACGGCAAACGCAGUUAAAGAAUAUUCAUGGGAAUUAAUCUAUAAAUAUUCUUGUAUUAACAGAUUACUCAGAAUCACCGCUCGUUGCCUCAAAUUCGUGGACAAGCUGUUUAAACGACAGGACGCUACGCCCACGCACUUCAUCUCUGCAGCUGAUAUGGAAGGGGCCAGAAUCUACUAG